AGUGACACGGUUGCUGUUAAACUUGAACUCAUAAUCGACAGGUCAUCUUCUGUGCAACGUGAAUAUCAUAUUUUGAAACAACUCGAAGGUGGAGUUGGAAUUCCCUGUGCCCUUUGGUUCGGCAGAGAGUCAACAUAUCACGCUUUAGUUCUUGACCUCCUUGGGUCAUCGCUACAUGAUCUUUUCCUUACACAUAAUCGCAAAUUCGCCCUUCACACUGUCGUCAACUUAGUGGACCAGCUGGUCAGUCAGUUUGUAGUAGGGGCACUGUAG